AUGAAAAUCAACCAACCUUUUUAGGUUUUUGUUCGUAUACGCUCCCAAUAAGAUUCUACAAAUCCAAUUGAAGUUGUAAAUGAAAAUAUAGUAAUAAUGAAAUUUAAAUAAUUAGCUUAGAAUAUCAAAUAGAGAAAUGAGUUUUUAGAAAAUCUUUACUGAAAAUGAUUCCAAUAUAUCAGUUUAUGAAGGAGUAUUAUUAUUUAUUUAUUAGACUUUAUCUAAAUUUAUAAGUAAAUUGUUUGAAGGGUUCAAUAUGACAGUGUUAUGCUAUGGUAUGACAGGAUCUGGAAAAACUCAUACAAUGUUUGGGAACUCACAUGUAAAAAAAUAGUAAAUUAAAAGGAUCAUUAUGGAAUAGUGUAUUAAGCAGUUAAAGAGCUUUUUUAAUUAAAGAAAAAUGGAUUUAUAAAAAUUAGUUUUUAUGAAAUAUACAAUGAAUAGAUUAUUGAUUUAUUAGAAUAAAACACAUAAAAUUUAUAAGUUUAAGAAGAUAAGAAUGGAGAUACAAAGAUACCAGGUUUAUCAUAAUAAUGUAUAGUUGACGAAGAUCAUUUAGUUUAAUUAAUUUAAUAAGCAUAAAAAAGAAGAUAGUUAGCUUCAACUGCUAGUAAUCAAUAUUCAUCUAGAUCACAUGCUAUAGUGUAGAUUUAAGUGAUGAAUUAUGAUGAAAAAUAAAAUAUUAAAUAUGAUGGUAAAUUAAUAUUAGCUGAUUUGGCAGGAAGUGAAAGAUGUUACAAUUAUAAAAAUGGAGGAACUUAAAAAAUUUAAUAAGAAGGUUAGAAUAUUAAUAAAUCUUUGUUGGCAUUGGGAUAAUGUAUUAUGAUGUUGAAUUAAUGUAAAACACACAUUCCUUAUAGAAAUUCAAAAUUAACAAGAAUUUUGAAAUAAUCUUUAAGUGGUAAUUCAAUGACUCUUUUUAUUGCAUGCAUAAGUAAAUAAUUCAGUGAAGAAACUGAAAAUACAUUAAAAUAUGCAUAAUAAGCAUGUGCUAUUAAAACUUCAAUAACUUAAACUAUUACAUAAAUUUAAAUUGAAUAACCAAAAAGAUCAAUAUCAUUUGAAAUUUAGAAUCUAGAAUAGUAAUUAAAUAGCUACUUUUUAAUUAAUAAUGGUUUGCAUAAAAAUCUAAAUACACUAUAUUAGAAUGUAUAAAAAGAAUAGGAGACAAAAGUUAUAGUUUAAAAUGUAGAGUAAUAAAUAGCAUCAAAUAUGAGAAAACAGAAAUUAAUAAUAAACUAAAUUAAAGGAUUAAUUGUAGAAAAAGAAAAUUAAGAUAAAUCCUUUACAUAUAGAGGAUCAGAAGUAAGAUUUUGUGAUUUGAGUAAUAAAAGUUCUAUGAUUUCAUAAAUACAACCUCAGACUGCAGAUUAGAGUUGUUAAACAGAAAGAAUUUAAAGUCCUUUAUAGUUUGAUUUAAAGCAUGGUCGAAAUAAUUCUUAAUAAGUAAUCAAUACUAUUGAGAUUCAUAAGAUCCCAUAAUCAAAAAGAUUUUCAAAUCCAUUUUUAAGCACAAUGGUAUAAGAUGAAGGAACAAAAAAAGAUGUUCUGUAAGAUAGAACAAAUAGAUUCAGGAUUAAAAUAAAAUGA